AUGUCCAGCGAUUCGAUUAAAACAUUCAACAAUGUGGAGUCACCCGGAUUCGUUGGUUUUGCCAAUCUGCCGAAUCAAGUACACCGUAAGUCCGUGAAAAAAGGCUUUGAAUUCACGCUUAUGGUAGUCGGGGAGUCGGGUCUCGGAAAGUCCACCCUCGUAAACAGUCUCUUCUUAACGGAUUUAUAUCCCGAACGCACCAUUCCAGAUGCCAUUGCAAAAACCAAGCAGACUGUAAAAUUGGACGCAUCAACUGUAGAAAUUGAAGAGCGCGGUGUGAAAUUAAGACUUACUGUAGUCGAUACUCCUGGUUUUGGGGAUGCCAUAGAUAACUCUGAUAGUUUUCGAGCUAUUAUUCAAUAUAUUGAUGAGCAGUAUGAACGGUUUUUAAAAGAUGAAAGUGGAUUAAACAGACGUCAUAUUAUUGAUAAUCGUGUUCAUUGUUGUUUUUAUUUUGUUUCUCCAUUUGGACAUGGAUUAAAGCCAUUGGAUAUUGAACUAAUGAAAAAACUACAUAACAAAGUGAAUAUUGUUCCUGUCAUUGCCAAAUCAGAUGUUCUUACUAAAAAAGAAAUACAGAAAUUAAAAAAAAGAAUACUUGAAGAAAUUAAUGCUAAUGGCAUAAAAAUUUACCCCCUACCAGAUUGUGACAGUGACGAAGAUGAAGACUAUAAAGAACAGGUGAAGCAAUUAAAAGAAGCUGUACCAUUUGCUGUCUGUGGUGCAAAUCAAUUAUUAGAAGUGCGUGGUAAAAAAGUCCGAGGGCGGUUCUAUCCUUGGGGUGUUGUUGAAGUCGAAAACCCUGAACAUUGUGACUUUAUCAAACUGCGUACUAUGCUUAUCACACACAUGCAAGAUCUACAAGAAGUAACACAAGAAGUACAUUAUGAAAACUAUCGAUCAGAGCGUCUAGCAAAAGGAGUACCUGUGCCGAAAAGAACUACAUCACUACCUGAACAUGAGAAAAAUUCUGGCUCAGAAAAAGAUAGAAUUUUGCAGGAAAAGGAGGCUGAACUUAAACGUAUGCAAGACGUCAUUGCCAAGAUGCAAGCUCAAAUACAACAACAAACACCUUAG